AUGGUCAGCCAACCAUCUUCACCACCACCCCGUGAUUUCCUUUGUCCAAUAACCCGAGAAAUUAUGCAAAAUCCUGUUUUACUUAUUGAAGAUGGUCAUUCAUAUGAAUUAUAUGCUUUACAACGUUGGUUACGCGAUCAUAAUUCAUCUCCAAUGACAAAUAAACCAUUGCGUGAUCGUCGUUUUGUACAUAAUUUUAAUUUAAAAAAUGCUAUUGAAGAAUAUUGUGCUCAACAAGAGACACUUUCAUUAGCAAAUAGAUUUCUUUCAUUUAAUAUUCGUUCUGGUCGUACACCAUCCGAAUGGAAUGAUAAACCGACAUUAAAAAUUCGUCUUAGUCUUCUUGGUGGUUCUAAUGUUGGUAAAACAACGCUUGCUCGUUGUUUACAAUAUGGUGCCCAAUCAUCCUUUGUACAUUUAAAUACUUCAGCAACUGUAGGACCUGAUCUUGUUUUUUUUUAUUUGGAUCAAUUAUAUGAAAAUAAAUAUGUUAUUAUCAUUCAACUUGCUGAUAUACCUGGAAUGGAACGAUAUGAAUCAUGCUGUGAUAAUCAUUUUCGUAAUUGUCAUGGUGCACUUUUACUAUCGGAUUCAACUGAUAUUGAUUCACUUGAACGUACAGAACUUUAUUGGUAUAAACAAUUACAAACAAAAGGAAAAGAUGAUGUUGAAGCUGUACUUGUUUGUAAUAAAAUUGAUUUAUUUGAAACAAAUUGUGAUGUACAUUAUCGACGAAUUUUUUUUCAACGUGCAGAACAUUUUGCAUCAUCACAUAAUAUGCCAAUUUAUAAUAUAUCAGCAUUACGUGGUGACAAUAUUCAAGCAAUGUUUAAACAAUUAAUCUUACGUAUUCUACAAAAUGAAUCAUUGCUACGACAAAUUAAAGAAACUAGUAUUGGGUAUGAUCAAACAUCAAACCGUAAAGAAUCGAUACGACGUACAUCGUCCAUUCAAGUUUCAAUUCAACCAUCAUCAUCAUCAUCAUCAUCCUCAUCAUCGUCGUCAUCUAGGCAAAAUGAUAAUGAUAGGAAUUCAUCUGGGGGCUGCUAUAAUAUGGGGUAA